GAUGACCAAGCAAUUCUGCAACCGCUGGCAGGCAUGUCACACACAGGCUUGUAAAAUGUCCAGGCCUCGUCUCGUUUCCUCUUCGCUCCCCCGUGACGUCAGUACGCCACCCAUCCUCACCGGCUGUCGGCACCAGCCCGCCGCCGACCCCCGCCGCCGUGUCACGACUCACGACCCAUUGUGGUUUCAGAUCAGACCCGAAUCGCGAGCAGCGAUCUGUACGUCGUCCCCGUUCGCACGCCUAGCGCGAUGGCGCACCCGAUGUACGGCUCCGGGCCACUCAGAUCCAGGAACGCGGCGAACUCGGACGAAAUCCAGCUGCGGAUCGACCCGGUGCACGGGGACCUCGACGAGGAGAUCGACGGGCUGCAAUCCAGGGUCCGCAUGCUCAAAGGGGUGGCCCAGGAGAUAAAUUCUGAAGCCAAGUCCCAGAAUGAUUUUCUUCAUGAACUGCAAAUGACCCUCGCAAAAGCUCAGGCUGGAGUGAAGAACAACAUGCGGAGGUUGAACAAGAGCAUCAUCCAGCAGGGCUCAAACCAUGUUCUCCAUGUUGUUCUCUUUGCACUGUUUUGCUUCUUCAUUGUCUACCUCUUGUCAAAGUUCUCUAGAAGAUAAUUAUGUCUUCGGUGGGCAAAUCUAGAAUACCAUGAUUUGUAUGUAGUCUAAAGGGAAAGCAAAAUGCUAUUGUACUUUUAUUUGGCCUUGUAUCCUCGGUCUAUUUGUCGAAAGUUG